AAUUAGUCUUGACAUGGAAGCCACUCAUCGAUUUUGAAUGCUUCAAGGAGCCAAAUCAAUUAAACCCUUGUUCUUUGAUUAACCUCUUUAUCUCUUGUGAAAGGGACAAAGCAUAAGAAAAGAAGAUAGUGGAUGGACACCCUCUAGAUUAGAUUUAAGCCCAUUAGUUUAUCUUUAACUUCAUUUUGCUUUCUUUCUUUUUGACAGAGCUCAUAAAAUAUUUGAGAGAUGAAACAGAAAAUGGGGACUCACAAGUUCAGAUUUUCAGACAUGAUGCCUCAUUCAUGGCUCUAUAAGCUCAAAGGGAUGAGCAGAAGUAGCAGAAAACACCAUCUUUCUUCUCCCAAACAUCUCUCCUCCGCUGAUGCUUCUUCCUCAAGAAAGCUCCGGGACCCUCUUCGACGUCUUUCUUCGACUGCUCAUCAUCCUCAAGCUUCUAAUUCACCUCCCAAAUCUUCUUCUUUCAAGAGAAAAAUCAAACGUAAAACCGUUUACAAGCCUUCCUCAAGGCUCAAGCUCUCUACCUCUUCCUCUCUAAAUCAUCGCUCUAAGUCAUCAUCCUCUGCAAAUGCAAUCUCCGAUUCCGCCGUUGGAAGCUUCUUAGAUCGUGUAUCAUCUCCUUCUGACCAAAACUUUGUACAUGAUCCUGAACCGCAUUCAUCAAUUGACAUUAAGGACGAGCUCUCUGUGAGGAAGCUUGAUGAUGUGCCUGAAGAUCCUUCAGUUUCACCAAACUUGAGUCCUGAGACUGCAAAGGAACCACCCUUUGAGAUGAUGACACAGCAGAAACUGAAGAAACCGAAAGCUCAUUCGUCAGGGAUAAAGAUUCCCACGAAGAUCGUGAGAAAGAAGAAAAAGGAAAGAACGUCCCAGGUAUCGAAGAAAAAGGGGGUUGUAAAGAGCUUUGCGAUAGUUCUGUCUUCGGUGGAUCCUGAGAAAGAUUUCAGAGAAUCCAUGGUUGAGAUGAUUAUGGAGAACAAGAUGAGGGAACAGAAAGAUCUGGAAGAUCUUCUAGCAUGUUAUCUUUCAUUGAAUUCGAGCGAGUAUCAUGACGUUAUCAUCAAGGCUUUCGAGAAUACAUGGUUACAUUUGACUCAAGGACUCUCUAUCUCUCUCUGAGUACAUCAUGCAUGGUUACAUGUUCCAAUCUUCUCCAUUUUUGUAUAGUUUCAGUUGUUAAUAUUACAGAGGAGUGUGUUCUGUUUUGGGCUCACCCAUGUUCCAUCCACCUCUGAACAUAAAACAUUGCUUAAAAUAAUCACACAAUUCAAUCUCUGAAAAAAUCUCCGGCGAUUUGCACCACCGUCCGUCCUCUUUCUCAAAGUCAAACCUUCCAACACGCUCAGAGGGUUUCCGUUGGUUUGCUAAAUAUACAACUUGCUGGAGAUUGGUUAAUGGUUCAGGUUGGGAGAGAGAUCUAAGGCUAGUGGGAAUAGCCUCUCUGAUUAACAAGGGUUCAAAGACUGUCUCAGUUCGAAAAGUGUUAAGUCUUACACUCAUGUCACCUGAAAUGCAAAACGAAGACUCCUCUGCUCCAACUUUCACCAUCACCGUUGUAACGAUUGGCAAAAACAAAUAUAAUUCUCAUUGCUUCUGACUUGUGAUGCAAAAUUCUAAAAAUUGGUUUUAUAACCUUUUUCACAAUGCG